GCGGGACUUACUCUGAUUGGUCAAGCUACCGAAUUUCCGCGCGGGGAUUGGCUUGCAGAAAGACAGAGGCGGGGCCAGGAGAGGAAGCUUUGUGGUCGGCCCUCAGAAGCGUAGCAGGCACCACUUGCGGGAGCUGUGGCUCUGUUUGUAAGUAAUGUCGGGCGCAGGCGGCCAUUGACGCUGGGCGGGCGUAUCGCUUGGCGUCCGAGCCUUCUCGCUCCUAGUGUGGGGAAAUUAUUUUCCCACUGCGCGAGGCCAGGGCGCCGCAAAGUCGUCCCUCGUUCCUUAACUGGCUCUUACAUCCGGGUUUUUUCUCCUGGGCCGCCCUUUGAGUGCGUGGGCCAAUGGGAAUCGCCACUUAGUACGCUCCGCCUACUGGGUCGCGUAGAGCAUCCUGGGACUGGUAGUAAACCUCUCGAGAUUUCCCUCACACGCGAGAAGGAGAAGCCGAGUGCUGCGUUGGCUUUGUUUCCCCGGCUUUGCCUCUCUCUUCUCUCCUACCUGCGUGACCUGACUUCCUCCUGGAAGGAAGAUCCAUAAUCAGCCCGUUAAGCCCGCGCUGGGACAAAGGAUUUGGAGAAAGCCAGGGCUGAAGUUACCUUUUUCCUUCUUUUAGCCCUACCUCACUCCAUGGCAGUUCCCGAGACCCGUCCCAACCACACUAUUUAUAUCAACAACCUCAACGAGAAGAUCAAGAAGGAUGAGCUGAAGAAGUCCCUGUAUGCCAUCUUCUCCCAGUUUGGCCAGAUCCUGGAUAUCCUGGUCUCGCGGAGCCUGAAGAUGAGGGGCCAGGCCUUCGUCAUCUUCAAGGAGGUCAGCAGUGCCACCAACGCCUUGCGCUCCAUGCAGGGCUUCCCCUUCUACGACAAGCCCAUGCGCAUCCAGUACGCCAAGACUGACUCGGACAUCAUUGCCAAGAUGAAGGGCACCUUCGUGGAGCGGGACCGCAAGCGCGAGAAGAGGAAGCCCAAGAGCCAGGAGACCCCAGCUGCCAAGAAGGCCGUGCAGGGCGGGGCAGCUGCCCCCGUGGUGGGCGCUGUCCAGGGGCCUGUCCCGGGCAUGCCGCCCAUGACGCAGGCCCCCCGCAUCAUGCACCACAUGCCAGGCCAGCCUCCCUACAUGCCGCCGCCAGGCAUGAUCCCGCCGCCAGGCCUCGCCCCCGGCCAGAUCCCACCGGGCGCCAUGCCCCCGCAGCAGCUUAUGCCGGGGCAGAUGCCACCUGCCCAGCCUCUUUCAGAAAAUCCACCAAAUCACAUCUUGUUCCUCACCAACUUGCCGGAGGAGACCAACGAGCUCAUGCUGUCCAUGCUCUUCAACCAGUUCCCUGGCUUCAAGGAGGUCCGGCUGGUCCCUGGGCGGCACGACAUUGCCUUCGUGGAGUUUGACAAUGAGGUGCAGGCAGGGGCUGCUCGCGACGCCCUGCAGGGCUUCAAGAUCACCCAGAACAAUGCCAUGAAGAUCUCCUUUGCCAAGAAGUAGCACCCUUUCCCCAUGUCUGCCCCUGCCCCCUGUUCUGGGGCCACCUUCCCCCCUCCCCGGCUCAGCCCCCUGAAGGUAAGUCCCCCUCGGGGGCCUUCUUGGAGCCGUGUGUGAGUGAAUGGUCGCCACACAGCAUUGUACCCAGAGUCUGUCCCCAGACAUUGCACCUGGCGCUGUUAGGCUGGAAUUAAAGUGGUUUUUUGAGGUUUGGUUUUUCACAA